ACACAAGUUAUUAUAAAAGUUGAUAUCUUUUUAUAUGUACUGUAAGUCUUCAAAUUCUGGCUGGUAUUGGUUUUGUUUUCAGUGUUUCUGUUUCAUUUGCUGCUUAAAUGAAAAGGUCAUGCUUAGAUGUAUUUUGUAUGUGGAUGAGGUGGAUACAUAUGUACGUUCAUCUGACUACAUGUUGUAGGUAAACGGCAUGCCUAUUCUAAUCUUGGCUACCUGGUGCUGGGGAUGGCUCUAGAGAAGAGACUGGGGCUGAAGUAUGAGGACCUGGUGCAUGAAUGUCUGGGGGAGAUCACCAGGGACAUGUAUGUUGGCACAGCCAAGAAGUCUGUUGAGGACCCUGAAGAGGUUGAGUAUUACAGUAACCGUGAACCUAGUUUGGCUCCAUCUGUGAUACCUGGGGAGGGGCUGGUGACCCCUCAGUAUGGCUCCUUCCUGAUGGAGGACACUGGGUCGUAUGGAGGCUGGGUGGCCUCGGCAGGACACCUCCUUGUUCUGUUUGACAGACUUACUGUCAAUGACCCAAGUAUGCAUAUUUUGAGACCAGAAACAUUCAAAAGAAUGCUGCAGCGACCUAAUUAUGAAAGUGGAGAGGAGUGGUAUGGCCUUGGACUGGAUGUUCAGCACGGAGGUCACAGCUGGGGUCACACAGGGGCUAUGGAAGGCACAUCAACAACCUUUUUGCACCAUAGGUCAGGGUUGAGCUGGGUCCUCUUACUCAACUCUUGGUCACGUGACAUGGAUUUAAAUGGCCUUGUCAAAUUUGCAUUGAGUCAUGUUCCACAUCUGCCAAUGUGGAAUCCUGUGAUGCCGUCCCUGUCUGAACUAAGGGCAGAUAACUUUUAUAAAGUUGUGUCCGAGGAUAGGGUACAGAUUGUAUGUGUACUUCUACAGUAUAAGGAUUUGAGUACCCACAUUGGAGAGCUUACUAAUCAGGGGUAUUGGAUAACAGCCCUAAACAUGUUUGUUCACGAUAGUCAAUUAUACUUCAAUAUUGUUUGGAGAGUAAACAAAGACAACACCUUCUGGAAAGUAAAUCACUAUACGGAUGAGGAUCUUCAACUUUAUCAGGAUUUUCCAGAGGAAUGUGAAACUGAUUUAUUUGUUGAUAUUUUAGAUACAUGUUAUUAUAAUGAAAGAAUUCAUUACUUUUUUGUUUGUAAGAUGAAAGACAUCUUUAUGAAAAGGAUUUUGUCAUUUCAUGUAACUGGGAAAAAUCAUUUGGAACAUUUGUCUAAUUUAAAAAAACUAAAUUAUGAUUUGAAAAUACAAUCAGUCUGUGUAAAGCAUGGUGACAUUUUAGUUUCGUCUGUUUUCUAUCACAACGGAGGUAGUCCCAGUACAACCAUAUCCUGGCUACAAGUCACCCCCGACAACUUUGUAUAUGAGUUAGGUAAAAAGUUAUCACUGGGCUUGUAUGGUCUGGUGUAUGUCAAGUUUUACACAGAUGGAGAUCUCCCGAGUGUAAGUAUGGUCUUGACUUCAGAAAAGCCUUCUUUGUGUCUGCAGCGACAUGAUGUGUCCAGGUUUGGUUUUUUGUAUGAACUUCACCAGAGUGCUGAUGUCCCCAUACAGUUCCUGUGUGGGUAUAAAUCGGAGGGCAUUCUAAACUUUGCUUCAGUAUGGGAAGUGCUCAAAAAAGGUCGACCAGUGAUUGGUUAGCCAAUACAUGGAGGGACUGAAAGUGUACAUGUAAGUGUGUGAUUAGUCAGUCAUAUUGGGAACUAUAAGGAACGAAAACAGACAGUGAAGUAUCUGAACUGAGUUUAAAGAUUAAAAUGUAAUAAAAGUGUUUUGUUUUAAUUC